CGCUGAUCGGAGGAAGUAAGUGUACAUGGACAAGAACACCCAGAACCUAUUUUGAACUUUUGAAACAAAAGAUGUCUAGUGAACUUAUGUUUUAAGUUUGUUAACAUUUCAAAAUUGUAUCCCUUUUUAUCCUGUACUGUUAAUCAUGGUUGGCACUGGUGGCCCAGUAGCCUCAUUCUCAGUGUGGGAUUAUGUAGUUUUUGCUGCAACUAUUUUGGGGGCUGCUGGCAUUGGCCUUUUCCAGGCGAUCCGAGGUCGAAAGGAAACAACCAGUGAUGAAUUCUUGUUGGGUGGACGACAAAUGACUGCUGUGCCAGUUGCCAUGUCUCUGACUGCUAGCUUUAUGUCUGGCAUCACAGUCAUCGGCACACCUGCCGAGGCUUACCGCUUUGGAGCUGCCUUUUGGCUCUUUGGCUUUGCAUAUGCCAUCAUGUCUACUGUCACUGCAGAGCUGUUUGUGCCUCUAUUCUACCGACUGGGGAUCACCAGUGCCUAUGAGUACUUGGAGAUGCGUUUUAGUCGGCCCAUUCGGAUUAUUGGGACAUCAAUGUACAUUGUACAGACGGCAUUGUACACUGGUCUGGUCAUCUAUGCUCCUGCACUCGCUCUAAAUCAAAUCACAGGACUGAAUCUAUGGGGAGUGCUUGUGGCCACAGGGGCAGUGUGCAUCCUCUACUGCACUUUGGGAGGUCUGAAAGCAGUCAUCUGGACUGAUGUGCUGCAGAUGGUGGUGAUGUUGGCUGGGUUUGUGGCUGUCAUAGCCCGAGGAGCUGUGCUACAGGGAGGCCUCACAAAGGUUUGGGAAGACGCUGGAGAAGGAGGACGUCUGAAAGCAUUUGACUUUGACCCAGACCCUCGAAAGCGCCACUCAUUCUGGACUAUUGUCAUUGGAGGCAGCAUAAUGUGGGUCUCAAUAUACUCAAUAAACCAGUCCCAAGUGCAGCGCUACAUCUCCUGCAAAACGCUGGGGCAUGCCAAAAUGUCUUUGUAUGUGAACAUGGUGGGGCUGUGGGUGACUGUGAGCUUGGCUAUGGUGACUGGACUAACCAUGUAUUCCAUUUACAAGACGUGUGACCCACUUACAAAUAGUGAUGUCACUACUUCAGACCAGCUCCUUCCAUACCUGGUCAUGGAUAUACUGGCUGUGUAUCCUGGCAUCCCGGGCCUGUUUGUGGCAGCUGCAUACAGUGGGACUCUCAGCACAGUGUCCUCCAGCAUUAACGCUCUGGUUGCUGUCACAAUGGAAGACUUCAUCAUUCCUCUGUGGGAAAACCGCACACAGAAACAAGUAACUUGGCUCAACAUGGGACUGAGCAUAUUCUUUGGAGGAUUGUGUAUUGGAAUGGCUGGAGUUGCUUCAUUAAUGGGAGGCGUUUUGCAGGCUGCCCUGUCCAUUUUUGGCAUGAUCAGCGGUCCUCUCCUUGGGCUUUACCUCUUAGGCAUGUUUUUCCACACACCAAAUUCAAUAGGCAGUCUUUCUGGAAUGAUCAUCGGACUAGUUUUGACUUUAUGGGUAGGAAUUGGAGCGCAGAUUUACCCACCAACAGCUGAUAAGACUCUCCCUCUCCCACUUACCACUGUGGGCUGCAACAGCACAAUCAGCCAGAACCACACAACCCAAGCACCUUGGACCAGUGCCACGCCCAUGACCACACUACCCACUGUGAGACCACUCCUGGCAGACUCUUGGUACUCUCUGUCCUACCUGUACUUCUCUGCCCUCGGUGCCGUGGUCACAAUAGUGUCCGGAUUAGUGAUAAGCAUAGCCACAGGAGGCUGCAAACAAGAAAAACUCCAUCCGGAUCUAUUUGUGAAGAAGAGUGAUAUGUUUUGCUUCAGAGGCUAUAACACAUCAGAGGCAUCAUAUACAGGAGAAAAGGAGGGAAUUGACAACAAGGCUUUCACUGAAUUACAAUCUGAAAUUAUAAGCAAAGACAUGACCACCAAGCUAUAAAUACAGAAAGUGUUGGGUUAUUAUUAUGGAAUUAUAUGUACAUUUAUAUUAUGCAGCAUACUGUCAGUGUUGUAUUGGUGGGUUUUCAGAUGAUGUGAUGAUGUCAUACUCCCAGAUGAAGGGCAAAAGCCAAUUUUCCCUAUUAAUUAUAUUGUAUUUUGAAAUAUCUAAAAAGUAAAUUCACAGAAGUUGAAACUAGUUACUUCUAUUAAUGACUGAUCCCUAUAACUGUCUAUAUUACAACAAAAAAUGAGCUUUUCAGCAAUAUUCAUUUUAGCUGCCCCCUAUCUGUAUAAAAUAUUAUUGGCCUAUAGAAUGCUGUGAUGUCAAGUGAAACCCAGCAAUAGCAAAUUUUGUUCUACUAAUUUGUAAUAAUCCAAAUCUGGAAACACCAGUACAUUGUUACUGCACAACAAAAAUCAUUACAUACAUCAUUUAUUUAUAGUUUUUUCUUUUCUUUUUUUAAAUCUCAAUUUGCUAGCCAAAACUGAUGUCACAAUAUAGAAUGACAAU